UAUUGUCAAGUCUCGAGCUAUACUAUCUAGUUCGGGGCGCCCUUUUGGUAGGAAAGCGAGGGACAGAAUCAAGGUGUUGGAAAGACUAUUAGUAGAUAGGAAAAACGGCGUUGUGAUGAAUGAUUCCAAGACCUGCGAUUUGAGGGACAAAGGCAGAACUAACCAAGGAAUAUGAAACUUGCACGUAAGGAUUUCCUUCUUCCUCUUGAAGUCGUUGGCUUUGCUCAAAGCUAUCUCCUUGGCUUCAUGUCGCAAAAUCCAAAGGGCGUGUCUGCUGCAGUGAAGCAUCAAACUUCAUGGCAUCAUCCUCCCAUUAAUAGCAUAAAAAUCAACUUUGACGGAGGACUACUCGAUGGAGGACGGGGAGUAGGUUUGGGAGUUAUUGCUCGUGAUGCUGCUGGUUUGUGCUUGGCUUGGUUAUCUCUUCGAUUGAACAGGGGUGGAUCGAUGGAGUUGGCUGAGGAUUUGGCGGCAAGGGAGGCCAUCCGCCUUGCUCGUAGAUACUGGUGGUUGCGCGUCAUUCUUGAAGGAGACUGCAGCACACUCUUGCACAUGCUUUCUUCUCCUGAACUAGACUUUUCUGUAACUCAGAUGUUAGGUUCUUUUCUUCGCUUUUAGACUCUGUUUCUUUUCCUUUUGUUAAACGGUGUGGCAACUGACUUCUUAGCUAGGUGUGCUUCGAACCAGGAGGGGGACGCUUCCUGUCUUCCUCCGGGACUGGAGUGUGUAAUCCUUGGUGAUUUAGCCUAUUAACCUGAGUACAUAAGGGAGACUUGUAGUAAUUUUAAGAUGGGGCAAGAAUUUAUAACAAAUCAAGAAUUAUUAUAAUUUGUUGUUUGUAGUAAAUUAAUAUAUUAAUUAAAUCGAUAUAUUGCUCAAAGGAAAAAAAUUUGUA